GAGCGUACGUGUCGUCCGUCUUUAUGGGGCAAUGUGUGCGUGUGUGCCUGUGUAAGACAGACUAACAAGAGGGAGGGACCUCUGAAAUGCACAUUAUUUGGGUGGGUGACUCUUCUCGCUUGUGUGUAGAUGUACCUCGCUACAGCCUACUGAUCAAGUUUUGAAACUUGAAACCGAGAAUUCACUCAACCAAUACGUCGUUACACCUUUACUAAAGCUGGGAGUCCUCGGGAAACGAACGACCGUCUUUAUAGAUCUACCACUGGUAUCGUACCCCAGUCAUCACAGCUUUCAUCUCCGGAGGUGCCGUCUGUUUCCUCGUCUUGGCCGUCUGCUUCAUCGACCGCUUCCGGUUCCUCACACCGGAGCAGAAGCAGAAGAAACGAGACCGGAAGGAAGAGCGUCUAGCUAAACAAGCGCGCCUGCGUAAUGGAGGCGUGGAGAAUCUUGGUCUGGAUAUGAGCGAAGACGGCGUUAAGGCCACUUACGAAGUCAACGGGGAGCAACAGAAAGAGUACAACACACACCUGUAAUGUUUUUUAAGUGUUCCCGUUGAAGUCUCCUAGUGGCGAAACAUUGGAUUUAUUAUAGAUUUUGAAAUUAUAUAGAGUCUCCACCAAUGUUUGUGUGUUUCCCUCCGAGCUGUAGAUCACUGUCAGAGGUUGCGAAUCUCAACCGAUGUGUCAAUUUUUUGUCAUCUAGAUCUAUAACACUUAAUGAACACUCGAUACUUAUUAUAUUUCUUACCUUGAAUCGGUUAAGAGAUAAUUGAGGUGUAGACAAAUCGCUUCCUGAACAAUCUAAAUUUAUUGUGUCGCCGGGGAUUGACGUAAUUCACUUAGAUGAAAACGGGAAAAGCCCCAUUGAUCCAGAGAUUUAAAAAACCCACUCCAGUACAGCUAUGAUUUUGUUUUCUAUAUCCCUCAAUAAAGCUACUACCGAAUCUAGAGUUUAGUUUAGAAGAACAUUAUGUUGUACAUAUCCUCAUCUCAUUUUAAUAGAUGUAUUGAGAAAAAUAAUUGAAAACAAUUUUUCUCUUCAUGAAUAUUAUGUGAAUAUGUUUGUUGCUCAUAAUAAUGACAUAAUAUACAUGUAACCUGGUUUCGCUGAAAUCUUUUUAAUCAGAUACUGCAUCUUAUUUUUGUUGCAUUUAACGUGAACAGUUAUAUUCCUGGUGC